GUUACGAUACGCGUAUCGGGCCAUAAGCCAUUGGCGCAACCACGGAAGUUGCGUACGUAAAAGAGGUUUGGUCUCUGCUUGCUCGGAGUCUGGCGACUCUGACCUCACGCUCUCACACUCACACUGCGUUAGCCAUGGAAGACAAGGAGAUAACGUCGAAGAUCGUAGUGGAGGAAUGGAGUGGAUCUUCCUCCAUGAAGCUCUCCAGGACUGCAAUUCUAACCGCGAGCAUCACUUCCUUCUCUGUCCAUAGAUCUGAUAGUCGAUUUAACGAGGUUCGGAGGAAGAUUCUUGAAGCAUUCGUACCAGAGGGUUUUCCAAGUAGUGUAACACCAGAUUAUGUCCCUUUCCAAAUUUGGGAUUCAUUGCAGGGUCUUUCAACUUAUAUACGAACCAUGCUCUCCACCCAAGCUCUCCUGAGUGCUAUUGGUGUUGGCGAGAAAUCUGCUACUGUAAUUGGUGCAACGUUUCAGUGGUUUUUGAGGGAUUUCACUGGGAUGCUUGGAGGCAUCUUAUUCACUUUUUACCAGGGUUCUAAUCUGGAUAGCAAUGCUAAAAUGUGGCGCUUAGUUGCAGAUCUUAUGAAUGAUAUUGGGAUGCUGAUGGACCUUCUUUCUCCUCUGUUCCCUUCAGCCUUUUUGGUAAUAGUUUGCUUGGGGAGCCUCUCAAGAUCAUUCACUGGUGUCGCAAGUGGGGCAACAAGAGCUGCUCUGACUCAGCAUUUUUCGCUUCAAAACAAUGCAGCAGAUAUAUCUGCCAAGGAAGGAAGCCAAGAAACAGUGGCUACAAUGGUCGGGAUGGUGUUAGGAAUGCUACUUGCUCGGGUUACUAUGGGUUACCCCUUAGCUAUCUGGUUCUCUUUCCUGUCUCUCACCAUGCUCCAUAUGUAUGCAAACUACAGGGCUGUUAGAUGCCUUUGCUUGACAACCUUGAACAGUGAAAGGAGCUCGAUACUUAUACAUCACUUCAUAGAAACUGGUCAAGUUCUCACUCCAAAACAGGCUUCACACAUGGAGCAUGUUUUACCUGUAUGGAGACCAAAGAAUGCCAAAUUACACAAGAGGGUAAACCUUGGUGUGAGGGUUUCCUCACUGAAUCACCAGCAAAUGAUGGACAUUUUGGCCUUGCCAGAUUCUCUCUACAAGAAAGCAAAAUACUUGUUAAUGGUGAGGAAUGGAGUUAUCAAUAUUAUUAUCCAUAAAGAGGCAACAGCUGCUGAUAUCUUACAGUCAUUUAUGCAUGCACUUGUAAUGGCAAAUAUCAUGGAUAAAACCAAGUCUGUGCAUGCUGAAAGCCGCCAAUGGAUGGACAAACACUAUGAAGUUUUCAUGACAAAGCUCCAGACAUCAGGAUGGAGAACGGAACGCCUUUUGUCUCCAUCAGUUACUUGGAGCGCAAGUUGGGUAUGCGACCCUUUGAAUGAAAAGAUCAGCUAGGCAGAAUUUGGUCUAAAUCAAUCUUAUCUGUCACUCCUGUCAAGAGGGGGGGAGGAGGUUAAAGGAACAACUUUAGUCCAACUACUCCAUCACAAUGAAUUCUCGAGAAUUUCUGGUUAGUGACUACUUGCAGUUGGUGAGAUAUACUUGCAAAUUGCAGGUGAGUGCCUGGUGCUAGCCUAAUCUUGAAUUGGGGCUGGUUUUUUCUUGAUUGUGAGUAGUUAUCUGAUCAUGACUUGUAUAUAGUAUACUCCUUUUAGGGAAACACGAGUUUAUUUAUACGAUUAGCACCAUUAUUCAUGUUCA